AUGAAUAGCUUCCGGAGCCUCUCCUGGCGGCUGCAACAGUCCCAACAGGCUCUCGCUUGCUUCGCCCGCCAGAAUGCCCGUCAACAAUCUCGACAAUGGGCCCAGUCGAGCUUCCGCCGCUGCGCUUCCAAUUCCACCAAAAAGACGACCGCGGACCACACCUUUGACUCGGUGCGCGACCACUACAAGAGGAAGAACCGAUCGACUGCAUCUGCCAAACUACCGGCUGGGGUGGCCAGCCUUAACGUUCAACUCGUCGGUAUCAGAUGUGCUUCCCUGGAAGUUUACCCCCAACAAAAGGAGGUUCGCGUGCUUCCCGGAGAGACGGCGCUGGCGUUUUACACCGCGACAAACACGAGCGAUCAGGACAUCAUUGGCGUGGCCACUUACAGCGUUAAACGCGGGGAGACGGUGGACAUGCCCGUGUUUUUCUACCUCGACCCGGACCUGUUAAAUGACUUCAACAUGAGAGGCGUCAAGACUGUCACGCUGAACUACACUUUCUUCAGUAAGUCUCACUUGUACCCCUACUACCUAAAAGUUGCAAAGCUAAUUAUCACCAGCCGACAAAAUGAAGACUGCUUCGUACAACUCCAGGCGCAAGUCGCGCAAGGCUCACUUCGAUGCCCCCUCCAGCAUUCGCCGCACCAUCAUGAGCGCCCUCUCUCCAAGGAGCUCCGUGAGAAGCACAACGUCCGCUCCAUCCCCGUCAGGAAGGACGACGAGGUCACCAUCAUCCGUGGCUCCUUCAAGGGCCGCGAGGGCAAGGUCACCUCCGUCUACCGUCUCAAGUACGUUAUCCACAUCGACCGCGUCACCCGUGACAAGGCCAGCGGCCAGAGCGUUCCCGUCGGCAUCCACCCCAGCAACGUCGUCAUCAACAAGCUCAAGCUCGACAAGGACCGUGAGGAGAUCCUUGAGCGCAUCAAGCGCGGUCGCGAGACCUCCACCAAGGAAGAGUAA